AUGUAUUAUACUUUAUUACCAACUCAUCAUCAUCUUUCAUCUUUAUCUUUAUCAAGAACACUUGAUUCUCUUCCUGAUGAUAUUCUUUACAUAAUAGGAAAAGAAUUAGAUUUUCUUUCAAUAUUAGCUCUUCGUUCAACUUGUCAAUCAAUAUAUUUUUCAUUUUCUGAUACAAUUACUUUCUCUCAUGUAUUUCUUCCUCCAUCAAUAACUCAAUCACAAUUUGUUAAAUUAUUUUCUUAUCUUAAAUUAACUGAAAAAUUAUCAUUCAUUCGUAAAUUCACUUUUAAUGAAUCAAAAAUUACUGAAGAUGCUAUAAUAAGUAUUUUAGGAUAUUGUGAAAAUCUAGCAUAUAUUUAUAUUUUAGGAUGUGAAGAUGUUAAAUUAUUACCUAUCACAAAUGCCAUAACCAGUUGGUAUGAAGAAGAGGAUAAUUCCAAUUCUAACAACUAUAUUUCUUGUUCAUCAUCAAACUCUUCUUGCAUCUUAUUGGAAAAUUAUAAUAUUAAAAAGAAGAGUAAAAUGGAAAAAUUAAAAAAGAUAGUGAUGACAAGAUGUGUAGGUGACUUUGCACUUUGUCUUGUGCAGAAUGCGGAAUAA